AUGGAGAUUUGGAAGAAGGAGAGUCUGCUUCUGUUGUUACCAUUAUGGAUCCUUUUUGCAGCUUGGGUACAAGUGAGUGAAGGAGAAUCAGAGGUGAGGGCAGUUUUCAAAACUGUGACCGGGUUGAAACGUGCUGCUUCAACCGUUGCUCGGUCCAGAUGUUGGUCCAUGCUCAAGGGUGGCCUCACCGUGAACGCCUCCGGCCCUGCCGAGCUUUUCUUUGAUAGCCACAACACCUCUGUCGAAAUCUGGGUCGACAGCGUCUCCUUGCAACCAUUCACGCAUGAAGAGUGGAACUCUCAUCAUGUUGAACACAUUGAGAAGACAAAGAGAAGGGUAAGAAUCCGUGUGGAUGCACAAGGGAAACCCGUGGCGAACUCCAAGAUUUCCAUCAAGCAAAAGAUUUCAGGGAAACCAGUGGGUUGUGCUACAAACAAGAACAUCCUCAGCAACGUUGGCUACCAAAACUGGUUCACUUCGAGGUUUUCCCACACAACCUUCGAGGACGAAAUGAAAUGGUACAGCAACGAACCGACCCAAGGUAGAGAAGACUACUCAGUCUCGGAUUCCAUGAUGGCAUUAAUCAAACAGCACAACAUCGCGGUUCGAGGGCACAACAUUCUGUGGGACGAUCCCCAGUAUCAACCUAGUUGGGUCCCCUCUCUCGGUCCAAACGACCUUUCAGCAGCGGCCACCAAAAGGGUUAACUCGAUCAUGACCAAAUACAAGGGUCAAGUCAUCGGUUGGGACGUUGUGAAUGAGAAUCUGCAUUUUAAUUUCCUCGAGAGUAAGCUCGGGCCAACUGCUUCUUCCACGUUCUACAAAAUGGCGUCCGAUAUUGAUAGUUCUGUACCUUUGUUUAUGAAUGAGUACAAUACCCUGGAGGAGAAGGGAGAUACUGCAGUAACACCAGAUAAAUACCUCGCAAAACUGAAAGAAAUUCAAAGUGUAUUGGGUGUCAAGGCUAACCAAAUGGCUAUUGGACUAGAGUGCCAUUUCGACGUCCCGGACCUUCCUUACGUAAGAUCUUCUCUUGAUACUCUGGCUGCCACCAAGUUGCCCAUUUGGCUGACGGAAAUUGAUGUGAAAAGCAACCCCAAACAGGCAACGUUUUUGGAGCAAGUUUUGAGGGAAGGGCAUGGGCACCCUGGUGUUAGCGGGAUGGUAAUAUGGGCAGCCUGGAAACCAGAAGGAUGCUACCAUAUGUGUUUGACAGACAAUAAUUUCAACAACUUGGCAACUGGGGAUGUUGUGGACAAGCUGUUGAAAGAAUGGGGAAUCACUGCCACUUUACAAGGUCAAACCGAUGCCCAUGGUUUCUUCGAGGUUUCUCUUCUUCAUGGAGAAUAUGAAGUCAAAAUCAGUCUUCCAGUUGAUGCAGCCAAUACUUCACUGUCUCACAGAUUCAAGGUGGAACCUGCACAUGAAUCCCAGGACCAAGCUAUGAUUGUCCAAGUUUCUACGUGAUGUAUUCUG